ACACACACACACACACACACACACACACAUCGAUCAGCAAAGGUGAGGGUGCAACAGAUUAUCACCUGACAUGGCAACUAAAAUAAUUUAUUUCACCGUGAAUGGAAGACCAGAACAAGCUGAGUUUCCCAUUGACUGUCCUGCACAAGAUGUUAAAGAUCUUUUCCGAGCAGCAGCUGAGGCAGGACCUCAUGACAUCCUAAAACUCUAUAAUACUAAAGGCAAUAUCAUUAAUAUUUCCCCUCAGCUGGCCCCAAAUAGUCCUCACUCCUGCUAUAAACUGGAAGUGGUCGCUGCUGACUGUAACAGUGAGCUGUUAGGUUCAGAUCUGGUUGUUGCUCUGGGAUUUGACCUCUCUUCUAUGGAGAAAAGGUUACAGAGCCUGGAGAAAAGAAUCCUAACUGAAGUGGCAGAGACUCCUGCCAUUGUGUUUGAGAUGAAGAGACAGGUGGAGUCAUUCAGAGAGAAACUGGAGAGUGUUGAGCACCUGAGCUGGCUGGGAUUGUUUAAGGACAUGUCAGAAGGCACCCACAAGCCCUCCCCUUUCUACCAUAAAAGAACCCUGCGCAAGACCCGUGAGGAGUGUGAGCACGUCAGGGAAAAGUUCCUCCAAAUGAGUUCUCUGGAGGUUUCUGAAGAGGUGAGACAGUAUCUUAAAACACCAACCUUUGAUAACUGGCAAUGGGAAGACGCUGAGAUCAUGGUGCUGCUCCAGGUGAUGUACACAGAUCUGGACUUCAUCUCCACCUUCAACAUUGAGCUGGACGUGAUGCAGCAGUUCCUUUAUGAAGUGUACAGACGCUACAAUAACAUCCCCUUCCACAACUUCAAACACUGCUUCUGCGUCACUCAGAUGAUGUAUGGACUGAUAUGGCUAACAGAUCUCAGAAGCAAGAUGGACAGUAUUGACCUCCUCAUCAUGCUAACCUCAGCCGUCUGUCACGAUCUAGAUCACACCGGUUACAACAAUGCAUACCAGAUUAAUGCACGCACUGAGCUCGCCUUGAGGUACAAUGACAUCUCCCCACUGGAAAAUCACCACUGCGCUGUAGCUUUUGAAAUCCUGGAAAAGACUGAAAGCAACAUUUUCCGAAACCUGUCGACAGAGCAAUUCAAAAGAAUAAGAGAGGGCAUAAUUAAGUGUAUUCUUGCUACUGAUAUGACCAGACAUACUGAGAUCCUCAACAAGUUCAAAGCCCUUCUGCCCGUCUUCGACUUCAGUAACAAAGAUAACAGAGAUGUGUUGAUGAUGAUCAUGAUUAAAGUAAGUGACAUCUCUAAUGAGGCGAGACCCAUGGAUGUGGCAGAACCGUGGCUGGACUGUCUGCUGCAGGAGUUCUUCAAUCAGAGUGACAUGGAGAAGUUGGAGGGUCUUCCUGUCACUCCGUUCAUGGAUCGAGACAAAGUGACCAAACCGUCUUCUCAGACUGGAUUCAUUCGAUUCGUUCUCUUUCCUCUCUUCAUUGAACUGGCCAAUCUGUUCCCCUGUCUGGAGCAACACAUCAUUGACCCCGUGCGAAAAGCCCUGGAUUAUUACACAGAGAUGGAGAAAGCUCUGGAGAGGGAGAAACAGAACUGGGCCCAGAGUGAGAAGAUUGUCAAACCCAGCACCUUAAAAGAGCCCGAAGCUCAUCUAGAAUCUGAUGGGAUGACAAAACCAGUCAACCUAUAAUCUAACCUCACACAAUUAAACGUUCAUCCUAUAAUCAGAAUGUAAGCUGAGUUUCAGAAUUGUGCUUUAAGGCUUAAAGUAAAUUUAUUUAUGCUACGUUUUCCAGCUAAAUAUACUGUGUAUAUAUAUUCAAACAAGGGUUGAAUAGUUUCACUAAAUAUAUUCAAAGUGAUCAUAACAAAUAAAACGUAAUUACAAAGUGAUUAACUUUUUUUCACCAACCUUUUUCUAAUUUAAUAUAACAGAUUAUCAACAUAAAAAGUACUAAAAUCACAGUGUCUGCUGAGAAUAGUAUUUCUUUGUCAAGCUAGUCUUGAAAAUGAGUGUGGUGAACAUGCACAGUUACCCCAGAAGAUGGCGCUACUAGAAG